CUAAUUUCAAAAUGUUGUUUAAAUGUUUUUUAUUUUGUCACUAUUAUUAUUUUAACGGAACAAGAUACUCAAUUUGUCUUGCACUUCGAAAUUUGAGUGUGACUUGACUUGUUUUCCAUAAAAUGUAAUAUGGCCUGAACACGUAGUAACUAGUAUGUUGUAGAAUAAAUGCUCAAAAGAUCUUCAGUUUUGUACCCUGUGUGUUAUCUACCUUUCAUAGUAAUGGAUCCCGACGUAAGCAUUAUUUAUUGUGUCCGCCAUUCACAGUUUCGUUCAAGGGAUCGGAUAGCAGUGUGUCUUGAUAAAGAAUAUAACAGAAAGUCUUUGCCACAAAAAUUAGAUGAAGCCAUGGAGGAUGUAUGGAAGCAAAGAGUGGACACAAAUCCUAAAUUGUACAAUGGUACCAAAUUUAGACUGGAUUCGGUGAAGGAAGAAGAUGGAGGGGUCGUUAAGAUUAAUUUAGGUGUUACCUGCUACAAAGAAUAUUUAGGAACAAAUUGGUCCCAGGAACCAAAACUCUUGCAAGAAUACGGGUGGGAAAAAUAUAAAAACGCCCAGGCUUGUCUUUCAGACCCUCUUGGAGUGGGGUCACUUGUGGUUACUUCUGAUAACCAGGUAAUAUUUUUACACCGAAGUAAAUAUUGUGGAGAAGCACCAGAUUUAUGGGAUAUACCCGGAGGUCAUGCGGAACCCGAGGAAUUGGUUGGAAAGAAACAAUUUGAAGAAAUUGAAUUAACUUCAAUGAAACCUGAAGCUGUUGUUGAUGAAAUCUUUUCUUCCAUCAUACGAGAAAUCCGGGAUGAGGUGAACAUUCCAGAAUCCAGUCUUUCGAAGCCUAAAAUGAUUGGUAUAGCCCGUAAUACAACUAGCGCUCGUAGACCAAGUAUAGAAUUCUAUGUUCAAUGCAGCAAAUCCUCAUCAGAAAUCUUUUCCCUUUAUAAACAAGGUAAUCAAGCAGAAGCCGAUGAAUCGACAAAUAUCAGAUUUGUACCCUUGAACAGAGUUGUAAAAUUGGAAGAAAAUGAAGUUGAAUUUUGGAAUGAAUUGGCCCCAUCUGCUAAAGGUUGUCUGAUUUUAUACAGGAUUGCCACUGGCUUGUAUGAUGAACAAAACAUAAGAUGAGUAGCCAUCGUAAAGUGUCAUGGAGAGAUAUUUUAGAUACAAAUGCUUAGAGAAGAAGAACAAAGAUUACAUAGGGAUCAACAUUUCUGCAUUACAAGCUGAAAUCAUGCUCUAUUGUAUCUAUUUUUCUCACUUAUUUUAACGUGAUAUAUGAUAUAUGUACAUGGGUUUGAUUACUACACUGCUUUGAUUUGGGUCAAAAACAUAUUGUCGAUUUGAUUGAAUUCCUCACAUCGUAAAAAUGUCACAUCUAUCGAUUAAGCCAAUGUUGAGAUAUAUAACCGAUUCUGUGUUCCACUAAUGUUAAACAUAUUUUAUAGUUCCCCGCCUUUCGAAGAAAGCAGGGGACUAUUAUAAUGGGUUCAUCCGUCUGUCUGUCUGUCACAUUUUUGGGGACGAAAUAACCCUCCUUCUAAUUGAGCUAGAGUGUUUAAACUUGGUGUAGGUGUUUAUUAGGUCAGUGCCUUGAUGAGUUCGAAGAUGAGCAUUUUCUGCUUAGGGUAAGCAGAGAUAAACAAUUUGAUUGGUUGAUGCUUUGAGACGUGAUAACUUUAGUUCUAAUUAAGUGAGGGUGAUAAACUUGGUGUAUAGUUUCCUUACACCAAUACCUUGACUAAGUUCCAUAAUGAGCAUUUUCUGCUCAGGGUAAGCAGAGCGAUAAGCAAUUUGAUUGGUUGAAACUUUGGAACACAAUAACUCUCUUUCUAAUUGAGCUAGAAUGUUCAAACUUGGUGUAGGCGUUUAUUAGAUCAAUGCCUUGAUUGAGUUCGAAGAUGAGCAUUUUCAACUUAGGGUAAGCAGAGAUAAGCAAUUUGAUUGGUUGAUGCUUUCGGACAUGAUAACUUUAGUUCUAUUUAAGUAAGAGUGGUGAAAUUUGGUGUGUAGUUUUAUUAUAUCAGUACCUUGACUAAGUUAGAUAAUGAGCCUUUUUUGCUCAUGGUAAACAGAGAGAUAAGCAAUUUGAUUGGUCUAAACUUAAGAACACAAUAACUCUCAUUCUAAUUGAGCUAGAAUGUUCACACUUGGCGUAGGUGUUUAUUAGGGGAAUGCUUAGGGAAGAUGAGAAGCAGAGAUAAGCAAUUUGAUUGGUUGAUGCUUUGGGACACGAUAACUUUAGUUCUGAUAAAGUGAGAGUUCGGACACAUGGUGUAUAGUUUUAUCACAUCAAUACCAUGACUAAGUUCGAUAAUGAGCAUUUUCUGCUCUGGGUAACAUCUCUGCUUUUUUAAUUGAGGUAGAGUGUUUAAACUUGAUGGAGAUGUUCAUUAGGUGGAUAUCUUGACUGAGUUCAGUGAUUAACAUUUCGACCUAAAGCUAAGCAGAGCUAAGCAGAGCUAAGCAAUUUCAUUGGUCGAUGCUUUGGGACAAGAUAACUUUGAUUCUAUCUGAUAGAGAGUGGUAAAGUAUAGUUGAUAAUCAGUUUGAUUGCUUGAUACUUUUGAAAAAAUAAAUGUGUGAUUAAUUAAAAUGUGUCAUCUAUUUAUUUUGGGAUUUCGGCGGGGGACAACAGCCUCACUGUUGGCUUGUUUUUCAUUAAAUGACAAUAGGAUGAGACAUAAGGUUUGCAACUUAAAACGUCUUAAGAGCAAGUCUAAUAUUAAACUAAAAUUAGUUAUGAACGCCAUCUUAUAUGCUUUAUUUUGACGUGAGGUUUGACGUGAGGCUGGUCCGAUCUUUAGAUUCGUUCAUUACUUCUGAGAACUAUUUUUGUCAGAUAAUGGCUAGUUACAAUCAGCCGUUUUCUUACCAGUGAAACAAUAACUUAUUACAUUAUGCUAAAUUUUGAGAAUGGAAAAAGCGUAGCAGUGGUAGACAUCUAUCAGACAACAGAUUAGAAUUUGUCCACAGAUUAUUUUUCGCCAACAACCCGAUUUAGCAUUGGGCAAGAAUAUCAGCGCACAGCAUAAGAUUCCUUAAUCCGCAAAAUUGCAUCGGCCGUGUUAUCCCCAUAAUAGUGUGCAGGGUUGCCUUAUGCAAAUAUAUACGCAUGAUCAAAGCAUAUAUUUCAUGAUAAUCUAUCAAACAGAAAACAUGCAGCCUACUAUACAUUGCUUAUGAUUAAAAAUAACUGACAAGUAUGGUUAACAACUUGUCUCUAUACAUGUAUUUUUGGAAAAGGUGUAGAAACAUUGUUUAUUUUAUAAAUUAGUUUAUCUAUUUUUCAUAGAGAGAAUAUAUUUUUUCUAUUAACUUCAAUUUUAUGAAGUUGGGUAUAAAUUAUUUAUAAAAAUAG